AUGGAUUCGAGACACAAACAUCAAUCGUCGCUGGACGACACAACCAAAUCCGGGGCUCGAGGAUCAAUUGAAGAGCCUAACAAGCUGCAAGGUUAUGCUUCGGCUCCGGGUGUGGUCGACGAUGUCACUCGGGUGGUUGACCAUAAGGCUGAGCGACGUCUAUGCCGACGAUUCGAUAUUCGCUUGUUGCCAAUUCUGGCGAUUAUGUAUCUAUUCAAUGCCCUCGACAAGGGCAACUUGGAUACUAAUCUCUUCGUCUCACUCACCGCAGACCUCCAUUUCAAGCCAAAUCAGUACAAUUUGCUACUAUCAAUCUUCUUCGUACCCUUUGUGAUCUUCGCCCCGCCCUUCUCCAUGCUAGGCAAAAAGUUCAGUCCGGCUCGUGUCCUGCCCGUCCUGAUGUUCUCCUUUGGCAGCUUCACCCUGCUCUCGGCCGCAGCCAAGAACUUCAGUGGUCUUUUCGCCUUGCGCUGGUUCCUGGGCAUGUCCGAGGCUGCAUUCUUCCCUCUGGUCAUCUACUAUCUGACCACGUUCUACCGCCGAGGCGAGCUGGCUCGUCGGCUGGCCAUUUUCUACGCGGCGUCCAACAUUGCCAAUGCCUUUUCCGGAUUAAUCGCAUUUGGCGUGUUUCAAAUCAAGGGAUCUAGCCUGCCGAAUUGGCGCUAUCUGUUCAUCAUCGAGGGGAGCGUGACGGUCAUCUUUGCCGUAUUUGCAUUCUUCUACCUGCCCAAGAGUGCCGCCGAGGCUAGUUUCUUGUCAGAGGAGGAGAAAGCCUUGGCCUUUCAUCGCAUCCAGGUCGAUUCGAGUGCGGUGGUUAAUGAAAAGUUCCGGUUGCGCGAGGCAUUGGGUAUCUUCAAGCACCCGACUACAUACGUCUUCCUAUGCAUUGAAAUCUGCCUAGGUGUGCCUUUGCAAGGUGUAGCCCUCUUCAUGCCGCAAAUCGUGGCUCGUCUGGGUUAUCCGACCGUCAAGACCAAUCUCUACACGGUCGCCCCGAACGUAACGGGAGCUGUGAUGCUGCUGGUACUCGCCUUCUGCUCAGAUUAUACCCGACUUCGAUCCCCGUUUAUCGUGCUCGGAUUCCUAUUCACUUUCACCGGGUUCAUGAUCUACGCCUCUAUCAACGACGUCCAACAACAGAUCCAGGUCGCCUACUUUGCAACUUUUAUGAUGACAUGGGGUACCUCUGCUCCCUCGGUGAUGCUUAGUACCUGGUACAACAACAACAUCGCCCAUGAGGGCCGCCGUGUGCUUUUAACUAGUAUCGGCGUCCCACUCGCCAAUCUAAUGGGCCUGGUCAGCAGCAACGUAUUCCUGGAAAAGGAUGCACCCAAGUACAUGCCGGCCCUGAUUACGGUGUCCGCCUUUGGAGCCACGGGUGCCUGUCUAGCUGGACUGUUGGGACUGUAUAUGUGGUGGGAUAAUAAACGGCGCGAUCGUCGUGAUGGAAGGGUGAUUCGGGCGCGGGAUAUUCCCACGGAGCGUAUGCGAGAUGGACCGGCGUCGCCAGAGUUCCGCUGGUUCUUGUGA